CACCGCAGCUCGCGCGUCUGCUACCUAUUAUUGCUCUCCGCAGCGUGUGAGACCGUAGUACAGUGUGAGUGUGGGUGCAGAAGCGAGUGUGAGCGGCAGUGUGCGGGGAUGGGCGGAGCCUGUAGUCACAGCCCAGCGUGGCCAGCAGCAGCACAGAGCACACCCUCACAUACAGCAGGCACGGCGGCUGCUGCUCUCCCUCAAUAGCUGCCGCUCCGUACUAAGGAGGGGAGAUGUUUUCCUGCCAUCGCCGUCACCCAAUCAGUGCGUCGCUCUCCGUGGGGAGCCCCAGGGAUUAGUUACCUGUCGCCGCGGCUGUGAGCCUGCCAGACACCGUGCCCUGUGCUCCCGUCCUCCCGGCACGUUUCCUCCUUGUCUGCCUUUCUCCCUGGGCCCUCCUCCUCCCCCUGCCUGCCCCUCUCUAUGCAGGAGGGAGAGAUGGCUGCGGACGGAGCUAGAUCCAGACUCGGGAAUCUGGCCCACCGUGGUGGAGGAGGAAGCAACAGCAGCAGCCCAUCUUCCAGCCCCAAACUAGGGGGCGGCAGGAGCAGGACUCCCCCUCAGCAUCAGAAGCACAGCCCUGCCUCACCUGGCAGCAAGCACCAGCAGCUCCGGCAGGGGAUCCCUGCUUCCCCGGGGCAUACCUUCCGGAGAGUCACCCUGACUAAGCCCACCUUCUGCCACCACUGCACGGACUUCAUCUGGGGGCUGGCUGGCUUCCAGUGCGAAGUUUGUAAUUUUAUGUCUCAUGAAAAGUGUCUAAAGCACAUGAAGACCCUCUGUGCUUGUAUGGCCCCAAGUCUGGUAAGGGUACCAGUUUCACAUUGUUUUCGGCCACCUGGACAUUACAAAAAGAAGUUCUGCGCUGUUUGUAGAAAACUGUUGGAUGAUAGCUUGGCUUUACGAUGUGAAGUUUGUGAACUCCAUGUACACGCAGACUGUGUCUUGUUUACUUGCAGUGACUGUCGACUGUGCUAUCAUGAUUCGCAGCAAGAUCAUGAUACAUAUCAUCAUCACUGGCGAGAAGGAAACUUGUCUUCCAGUGCCCGCUGUGAAGUCUGCAAGAAAACAUGCGGUUCUUCUGAAGUUCUUUCUGGCAUGAGAUGUGAAUGGUGUGGCAUUCAGGCACAUGCAGCUUGUUACGUAAUCUUGAACCACGAGUGUACAUUUGGAAAACUACGAAACAUGGUACUUCCACCAAACUCUGUUCUCCUACAGUCCCGUAACUUUAGCAAAAUGCAUUGCUUUCGGAUAUCGGAGAGUCUCCAAACUGAACAAGAUGAAGACAAUGAGACAGAUGGAAUUAUACAAGGAUCGGUGAAGGAAACCCCCACGUCUACUGAUUCAAGCAAGCAAAGUUUAAAGAUUUACGAUGGUCAUGAUGCAGUAAAACGUAAUCAACCCCGGACUAUAUCCGUUCCAAGAAUUGCAAAGAGUGAAGAAGUAGUGGAGGCUGCCUUGAGGGCAUUCUACAUUCCUGAUGAGCCGCAGGACUAUGAACUUGAGACACUGACUCAACAGACAUUGGUUUCUGAUGACAUCAUUAACAGAAAUGGUGCUACAGAUGAUGGCAAAGUCAGUUCAGUGUUCAAAGAGACGACACCUGAAGCUUGGAUAAUCCGGGCCAAACCAAAGGAGCGAGAAGUCAUUAAAGUAUACCUCGGGUGGAUGAAAGUUGGUGUGGCCUAUAUCUCCAUUCCAGUAGCUCUUGAGACUACAGUGAAAAACAUCAUUCAAGAGGUUCUGCUACAGCUCAGGCGCCUGAAGGAGAAUGUGGAUGAUUUCAGGCUGGUGGAAGUUCUUAUGGGUAGCAAGCAAGUGCAGAGAAUGGUUCUGCCAAUUGAAGAUUUAAUUCUUGACAGACUUAAAGAUAUACGGAAGACUUCCAUACGGCAGAUGAACCAGACCAGGUUUUACUUGGAAGAAAAUCUAAAGCCUGACAUUAAAAUAGAGAUACUGCUCAGUGGCUUACCACCUUUGCUUUCUGCAGAAGAAUACACCAAUAUCUUAAAAGAUUCCCUGGGAAUUAAGGAACAUUUGGUUACUGUGGUUCCAGCCUACGCUCCCCAAGGUGCUGUUGUGUUGCAGAUUUCUUGUUUCUCUGAAGCUGAGCGAAUAUUUAUGCUAGUAAAAGACACCACUGUCAACAACAAGCAGAUUACAGCGGUUAUAAUCCCCCAUAUUAUGCAUGAAAAAUUACCUCAAUAUUCCUGCCCCCUGCUGGUAUUUGUGAACCCUAAGAGUGGAGGUCUCAAGGGCCGUGAUCUUCUCUACAGUUUCCGCAAGCUGCUAAACCCACAUCAGGUUUUUGAGCUGACAAAUGGGGGACCACUGCCUGGAUUUCAUACAUUCUCUCAAGUUCCCUAUUUUCGAGUACUAGUAUGUGGUGGCGAUGGUACAGUCGGUUGGGUACUUGGUGCCCUUGAGGAAAUACGACACAAGUUAGUUUGUACAGAACCUUCUAUAGCUGUCCUACCGCUGGGAACAGGAAAUGAUUUAGGAAGAGUUCUUCGAUGGGGAGCUGGUUACAGUGGGGAGGAUCCAUAUUCAGUUCUCUUAUCUGUAGAUGAAGCAGAAAAUGUCCUAAUGGACCGCUGGACAAUACUACUUGAUGCUCAAGAGGUUGUUGACUCAAUGGAAAAUGGUAUUUCAGAACCUGAGCCACCAAAGAUUGUUCAAAUGAACAACUAUUGCGGGAUUGGAAUUGAUGCAGAGUUAAGUUUGGAUUUUCAUCAUGCCCGUGAAAUUGAGCCUGGAAAAUUCAAUAGCAGGUUCCACAAUAAAGGUGUCUAUGUCAGAGCUGGUUUGCAGAAGCUAAGUCACAAUCGAAAUUUACACAAAGAUUUAAAACUCCAGGUUGAUCAACAAGAGGUGGAGCUGCCAAAUAUAGAAGGGCUUAUCUUCCUAAAUAUCCCCAGUUGGGGAUCUGGAGCUGAUCUGUGGGGCUCUGAUAAUGAUAACCGAUAUGGAAAGCCAAGAAUUGAUGAUGGAUUGCUUGAAGUUGUUGGAGUAACUGGUGUUGUUCACAUGGGUCAGGUCCAAGGGGGACUCCGUUCUGGAAUUCGCAUUGCACAAGGUUCAUAUUUCCGAGUAACACUUCUAAAACCUAUUCCCGUCCAAGUGGAUGGUGAGCCCUGGAUCCAGCCACCAGGACAGAUCAUUAUUUCGGCAGCCGGACCAAAGGUUCACAUGCUGAAGAAGUCUAAACAGAAACAAAAGAAAACUUCUUCAAGCUCCAAAGAGGCAAAAGGAGAUUCUGUUACACUCAAUGACAAUGGAAGCUAAGAAUAAUGGCAUCUGUACUGGAACUUUCCCAUAAAACACUGCAAUGCGGACCUAAGGCAACGACAGGACUGGAGUCCAUCUACCUGUCUUCUGCAACACGCUAGCAGACCGAAAACUCUUCUUCCAUAGUAUAGCUGUAUAGUCUUCGUGUGUUUUGCAGAACGCCUCUGCAGCUUCUAGUAACAGUAUGACUGUGAAAGACUUAACAGUAAUAACAAAAUAAUCAGGACUGUAGCCUUGUAUAUCUAGAUAUUAUUCUACCUUGAUAAAGGUAACAGCUUAUGCAUGAUGCAACAUGGCUGCAAACGUGCAAUGUGGUUGUUUUUGGCUUAGACACUGUGCCUUGGGUGCCCAUUUUCUAUAAUAGUCAUUCCUAGAUAUAGCAAUGAUUUGUAAUUAUUACUUUUGUUACAUUUCUGCAUGUUUUAUACUGUACAGUGAAUUAUGAUUAGCGUUCAAAUGCUUGAAGCCUAAAAUGGAAUUUAUGGAAGAGUCCUGUAUGGGUUAUUUAAUCGGCAACCCACAUUCCAAAAAGUCGUGUCCCCCCCCCAAUGCAUAAAGUACUGUACGUAAAGUCUUAUUUUAGAAGUUUAUUUAUAUGGGAUUAUCAAUAUGAUGUACAGAAUUUCCUAGACAUUUAAGCUGGUUAGUAACUUUAUGUAAGGUCAUGCAAGGAAAAUAUGAAUAACUACAUUUUGCCAAGGAUCAUAUGGUGUUAUGAACAAACACCACAUACAAUAUACAUCGUUUUGCAAAACAUUGGGUUAGGUUGGAGCUCAGAAAACAUUUUUGUAAUGUGAUUUAGCAUCCUUUGAAUGUUUGAAAACAUCCAGGAAGUAUUUAUUAUUUAUGUAUUAUGUCUGAAUUUAUUUCUUAAAAAGGACUGGUUGUUAAUGAUUGUGAUUAGCUAUUAUUUUCAACUACAAAAUAUCUGGCAAAUGGAAAACUCAAUUAUUUAUACUUUAUAUUUAGAUGAUUAAAAAAAACUUUUUUUUAUGAUCACUUAAUGAGCAUGAUCAGGUUUUACCAAAAUAAGGAUAAAGUGACUUUGUAUUGUGUAGCUGUAAAAGUAACAAAUUCAUGUAUUUGUAGAGUAUAAGUAUUGUAUCAAACUUCAGUAUGUAUUAAUAUCUAAGCACUUUUAUAUUAAAGCUACAUUGACAUUUAAAUAGACAUUUACAUAAUAGUACGUAGUAAAAUCUCAAGUGCCCUACUAUAUAUAUAUAUAUAUAUAUAUAUAUAUAUACACACACACACACACACACACACACACACACACACACACACACACACACUUUGAAAAGGUCAGGUAGUGGAUUUUUAGAUACAAAUCUCUGCAGAUAAUGUACUCAGAUGUGUGUGAACGUGUAUAUGGGGGGGCAUAUUCACAUGGGACAUCAGUGGUGUAGACAUUUGCUGCUAAAUUAAUUUAUUAAAUGUUUUCAAAAAAACAAGUUAGAAAACAUUGUAACAUCAUAUUUAGUUUAUCUAGUCUUUUCCUUAAUGAGAAGAAACAAGCCAAAGCUCCUCUACCUGGAAACUUUCAUAUAAUAUCUUACAUACCUCAGCAUGAGACACUUAUACCAACAUUUGGUGCAUUUUAGAGCAUAACUGUUCUGUGGAUUAUACAGGGUACUGUGCUGUGACAUGCAUCAGUGUUUUAAAACAUAAUGUCCUUUGCAAAUCAAUCUGUAAAAUGAAACUUAUAAUUAGUCAAUACUGACAGAAUACCAGAGUUAUACUACCAGCAGAGAGAAUGCAGAAGUUGGUGAAUUUAACAGGUGACUUAUUACUUUUUAUAUUUUACCCUUAGACUCGUGUGUGUGUGUAUCUCUCUCGCCCCCUCCCCCCCCCCCUCUCUCUCUCAUAUAUAUAUAUUUAUAUAUAUGUACAUUUUCCCUGGCUCUUUAGAAAAUGUAUGUCUUUGUAAAUUUAGCUUUUGUUUAUGGUGAAUUUAGCUAUAUAUACAGCAAGAUUUAUUUUUUUUAACUAAUUUUAAUGCUGUGUAAGAUUGAACAACACAAUUCCAAGGGACUACACAAUGCUAUACAGCAAUACAUAUAUUAGUGGAAUUAAUAAAUAGAAAUCUUAAAUAACACAUUAUUUAUUAAUUUAAUUGUAAAAAAAAAAAAAAACUGUAGUAAAUAUAGUCCAAUAUUAAUAUAAAAUUAGGAUAAUUUGCUUUAAGGAUUUUUAAUUAAAUAAUUUUUAGAAAUCAGUCAUUUAAAGAAGCCUUUUAUUUGUGGUAAAACAUUGUUUAAAACAAGCGUUUUAUUUUAAAAGUAAUUUUUGGGGAUAAAAUGUUUGAACAGUAAUUGUGAAAUUAGCUGUUUACAAUGUGUGCACUCCAUACAUGUUGAGUAGUUUGUCCUUUACAAAAAAAAAAAAAAAAAUUGAUAAACCAAUAGGAAUUUGUAUUCAAAUGUCGCAGAGAGAACAUGUAUAUUUGUGUGCAUUAAAAACCCACUGCCUUUUACAUUACAAUAAUACAAGAAACCAAGAUAAUUCAAUGUUUGAAGAUACCUUAAAAGUUAGUUACAAAGCGGUGACUAGAAAAAUAUAUAUACUUAAUCAUAUCUUCCAGAAAUAGAUGAUGACCACUUAACUGGCUAAUUUUUUUUCCAACAACCGUUCACAAAUUGACAGUUUUCUUAAAUGUUUAAAUACAUUUAAAACAUAUUUAUAAAAAGCUACUUAAAUAUUAUUUAAUGAGAACAAUAUGCCUAGAGGGCAUAUAGCAUGAGCUGUAUGUUCAGUAGAUCAUGGAUGAACAAGAACGACAUGCAGGUGCACACAUCGUUCAUCAUUCAUCCAUACGCACUGGACGAUUUGAAUGAUAGAUCUUGCAAAAAAGAUGAUCAUUCAUAUCGUCCUUUGUAGUCGCCCAGCGUAUGAUGGGCUUAACAUGCUGUAAUCACAUCCCAUGCAACUAUGCCAGGUAAGUGGUUAAACACAUUUCUAGAAGUGUCCAUUAGUUACACAUUUGGAAAUUAAAAUAGACCAUAAUGAGCAUAUAGUACAGUAUGACAAGUAUGUUUUAACUUUAUUCUAAAUCUGCAAUACAGAUAAAAUUUUGCAGUUACGAUUAUUUCAAUUUUUUUCAAUAUCAGUAAUGUGUCUAAUCUAUCUGCCAAAUCCACAUGUUUUAGAUUAGGUGGCAUAUUUAACUUGUGACCAUUAUGACAUUAAUGCACUACGAAAAUAAAAUAUUUAUUUAUGGUGAAACAAAAUAGCUAUGGAGCAGUGUGAUAUUCUGUGCGGUAACUAAUAUAGCAUGUUUAGUGAUAUAAGUAAUACACACUUAAAUGUCAGCACACAAAUGCAAGUUUUGAUUAGAGUUAUUAAUCAUGUCAUUUUUAUAUUUAUUUGUACAACAAACGAUUUUAGGAAGUAGUUUAUAUACAAUGUUAGCAAACCAUUUUCCUCAAGUGAUUUUGUUUUUUCAUUUCGAUCACAUGUUUUGAUUUAGUAGAGUUUAUUUUUCAUGAUGAUAAAAAGUUUUUUUAUACGUUUAUGUAGAUGUGUAAUUCCUUAUAACAAUAAAUAUUCCAGGCUACUGAAUGAAACCUAUUCUUAUAAUAUAUAUUUGAUGGUAUGGGAAAUAGCAGAAAUAUAUCUAAUUUAGUAAUAUUAACCUUUAAUUGUUUGUAUUGUGAGUUUUACAUAAUUAUAACUAGCCUCAUUAUUCCAUUGUGCCUUCAUAUACCAAAUUUCAGAUCUACUGUAGUAGUGAUAAUUAGCCUACUGGUCAUUGAUGACCAUUAAUUGUUUAGCAUACUGUGUUUUAAAUUAAUAAAAUGCAUGCCAAAUAAUCAAUAGCUUAUCACCAGGAAUGCAAGUAAUAAAAUAGAAAGCAACAUUAUCUUACUAUAAAUGAAUACAUAUUGGCCUAAAUGAAUACAUAUUGGCCAAGUGAGUCCCAUUUGUCCAGAGAAAGCACAACAGAGGGGAGGACAGUGCACACUCUGGAGCGCACAUGGGGCAGCUCCUCCCUCCAGGAAACUUCCUCUGCUGUCAGCAGUGUCAGAGUGCUGUCUCGCUCUGUGCUGGGUCACUGAUUCAUAUACCGUACUAUGAGGACUAACCACAGUAUUCUAUGUGCUGAAGCAUUCUCUGGGAGAAAAAUUACAUAUCCCUGUGAAAGCUGGGCAGAUUGGGUUGGAGGGGGGCACUAAAGUUGCUUGUGAAAAUUCCCUAGCCAAAUAUAAAGUCAGCAAAAUUCUGUGUGAUACCAGCCCACCAUUGCUGCCGACGGGAACUCGGCAUGCAGCAAGUGCCUACACACUUGUCCAUACUGCAUGCAACUGGGGGGGGCACGUAACAUGCUGCAUGUAAUCGCUAGCGGCAUCCCCCAUUGGCUCUGUUGCAGGGCUACGGGGGAUGUCACCAGUGACUUGCGGGAGCGUGCGUAUCAUGGGUACACGCUAGACGAUGUAUCUGAUAUGUUGCUCCAAUCCGUGGGAUUGGGCUAUAGAUAAUCUAGAGUGUACCUGGCCUUACCUGGUGUUUUUCUCUGCUUUAUUUUAUGUAUUUUAUGUUCUCAAAGGAAAGGAAAUUAUCCAAUUUUUGCUUACUUUUUUUUAUAUUGAUAGGAGUAUAAAUGUUUUAGCUUCAUAGAAUGGCCUUUCUACUAUAUAGACUUCAAAAGCACCUACUGUAAUGUAUUUUGGAAGUUUGUUUUCAUUGAAUCACAGUACAUUUAUUGCUGCUCAAUUACACACUUUGGGGUACAUUUACUAAAGGUUUUUUUUUCUUUAAAGAAAUGGAGAUGUUUCCCAUAGCAACCAAUUGCAUUCUAUCUAUUAUCUGCUAGAAGCAGCUAGAUAAAUGUUAAGUAGAAUCUGGUUGGUAUGGGCAACAUCUCCACUUCUAAAAAAAAAAAAUCUGCACCUUAGUAAAUAUACCCGUUAGGGGGAGAAUCCAAUUGAUUGCUGUAGAUUUUAAUGCAAAAAAAAAAAGGUCUUUUUGUGAUUUAUUUUUCUUUUAUCCCAUCGUGCGAAAACACAUAGGAUCCAAGAUAAGUUCCUAGAUCCAUGUGUUUUCACUAUCUCAGCCGUAAAAACACGGCACACAUUUUGUUUCUCCUGACACUGGACAUGUAAAACAAAAUCCCUGAUAGUGCCGGCUAUCAGAGAUUACUGAAUUACACCCUAGGAAUCAUUAAGCAGUGGUAAUUAACCGCGGCUAAUUAAUUUACCCCAGUAGAAGAAAUAUUUAUAUAUUUUAUGCCUAAAUAAGUUUGUAUUACCUCUGUAACAAUACGAUUUCCCCCAUAAAAAGGUUGACUAAGUAUUUUCCUUCUGUAAGCAGAAAGUCAACACAUCACUCACAACCCAUCCAUUGUACCAUGUUCUUUUUUUGUUUUGUUUUUGAAAUGUAAGAAUAAUGUUGCUUUCAUUUUAUUCUAGCCGUUGUAUUUUGUAUAUAAAAUUCACAUCACUCUUUUGUUUACUUGUGGUUUAAGCUUGAAGUUUUUUUGGUGUUACAUGUGUCCUUUUGUCUUAUUUGCAAACCACUGUGUUGAUCUAAAUGAUUUCUGGUUGUUUCCGAAAUGUAAUAUUUUGUAUUUAAAAGCUGUCGUGCUACAGUAUGGGUUAAGAAUAUAAAAAUGUAUAUUUUGGUAAUACAGCUGUAAAUAUCUUUGUUUGGUCAAUUAAUUUGCACUGAUUUCAGUUAUCGGAGUGUAUAUGUGGAUAUCAGAGUUGUGUCUAAUAAAUAUAUAUAUAUAUAUAUAUAUAUAUAUAUAUAUAUUUUCAUUCUAAUAAAGUUUUUGUGAAAUACAA